AUUUUUCUUCUCCGGCCCCAUGGAGGAAGUGAGAAAGUUGGCACGGUCACCCAGGGCUUCGCAGGACCCGGUCACUCAGUGACAGAUGGACAAUGCAAGAAUGAGCUCCUUCCUGGAAUACCCCAUCCUCAGCGGUGGCGACUCGGGGACCUGCUCAGCGCGAGCCUACCCCUCCGACCAUGGAAUUACAACUUUCCAGUCGUGCGCGGUCAGUGCCAACAGCUGUGGCGGCGACGACCGCUUCCUAGUGGGCAGGGCGGUGCAGAUCAGCCCGCCCCACCACCACCACCAUCACCACCCCCAGCCGGCCACCUACCAGACUGCUGGGAACCUGGGGGUAUCCUACUCCCACUCGAGUUGUGGUCCAAGCUACGGCGCGCAGAACUUCGGCGCGCCUUACAGCCCCUACACGUUAAAUCAGGAAGCAGAAGUAAGUGGUGGGUACCCCUCGUGCGCUCCCGCUGUUUACUCUGGAAAUCUCUCAUCUCCCAUGGUCCAGCAUCACCACCACCACCAGGGUUAUGCCGGGGGCGCGGUGGGCUCGCCUCAGUACAUUCACCACUCAUAUGGACAAGAGCACCAGAGCCUGGCCCUGGCCACGUAUAAUAACUCCUUGUCCCCUCUCCACGCCAGCCAAGAAGCCUGUCGCUCCCCUGCAUCAGAGACAUCUUCUCCAGCACAGACCUUUGACUGGAUGAAAGUCAAAAGAAACCCUCCCAAAACAGGGAAAGUCGGAGAGUAUGGCUACGUGGGUCAACCCAAUGCAGUGCGUACCAACUUCACUACUAAACAGCUCACGGAGCUGGAGAAGGAGUUUCACUUCAACAAGUAUUUGACGCGUGCCCGCAGGGUGGAGAUUGCCGCAUCCCUGCAGCUCAAUGAGACCCAGGUGAAGAUCUGGUUCCAGAACCGCCGAAUGAAGCAGAAGAAACGAGAGAAGGAGGGCCUCUUGCCCAUCUCUCCAGCCACUCCGAUGGGAAGCGAGGAGAAGGCCGAGGAAUCCUCAGAGAAGUCCAGCUCCUCACCCUGCGUUCCUUCCCCGGGGUCUUCUACCUCAGACACUCUACCUACCUCCCACUGAGGCCGCCCCGGCCCCACUCUGCAGCCCAGGCUACUCCUCCGGCUGGGACUUCUUACCCAAAGCACAUUCUUAGCUUAUCUUCCUCUCCAUUUACAAUCUUUCUCUUCCUUUCUGAUCCUAUCUGGGGAACUCCUGGCCAGGAUAAUGGGUUUCCAGAGAAUUCUGGAUUAGAAACUUGAUGAGGGGGGAGGGGGUGUUAGCUCCGUAGCACAGAUUGAGUGCCAGCAUCAAUUUUCUGAUGGCACCUAACACCCCUACUUUUAGGAGAUUUCGACAGAACCUACUGUUCCUUUCAGAUGCCCUUUGGAAAAUAGUUUCCUCUGCCAGCCGAAACAUGUCAGAGCAAGGCCUCUCAUCUUUUAUCUAUCUGUAUAUUUACAGUUCUCCCCUACUUUGCCCUUAAAGUAGGCUAGAGAGAGAGAGAAGAGGGUCCAGGAGUUCAUGAAGAACAGAUACACUAUGAGAGUGUUUACACAAUUAAUUCAUCCCUUAAUUUAAUUCAGUUUUAUGUGUGUGAGUGUGCUGGUUGUAAAUGCUUUGUCCUGAAAGAUUUAUCUUUAUACAGAUUUUCUAGAAAUGUUUUGAUUAAGUGACCAAAACACAGUGGGCAAACUCUCAAAGCUGGUACAACUUUAUAUGUGAUUAUAGGUUAAAGAAUUAAAAGCUCUCCUUUAAAAUCAAUCAGAUGCCUCAGAUGGUAGCCUCAAUUUGUUCCUUCAGUGAGUUAAGAAGGCCUGCAGAACACAAGGGUCAGAAACCUUGCUUCCUGUGCUAAGUCUCUCCCCAUCCCCACUCCUUUCUUGUUUCUCUGGCCACACUCUAUCUAAAAUUUGUGCUGGAUUAUUCAGCAUCUAAAUGCAUUAUUCAAACCAGCUUCUUCCUUCCACAGUUAUCUUAGCUGGAUAUGAUAUAUUUUCAGCUCAAUUGUUAAUGUGAUGGAUGGCACAAUGAAUGUAUAUUUUGUGUGAUUCGUGAACAGUCUUUUGCAUGUCGCACAAUGUUUUGAUGUCCCUGAAGUACCACACUGAGUUCUAUCAGUUAUCCUUUGUGAUAUUCCCCAUUUCCUGUACAAUCAUGAACAGCUCAGAGAUCCCGGAGUGAUGUGAUCCAGAGCAGAAUUUACGGGUCUUAAGAUGUCUGUAAUAAAUAUAU